UUGAGCACAUUCCUUGACGUGGAGGUCGGUGUAGCUCUCCAAGGAUUUGAUGAAGAGCGUUUGAUACAAGUUUAAUAAGUUCGCUGAAACUUUUUUUUUUUUUUUUGACGGAGGGAGCGCACACGCGGAAAACUACGAGGAGUGGAGUUAUAUCGGAGAACUGCUCCGCUUGGACAGAGACAUAAGCGCGACUGCGCUCACCAUUUCACUUCUUCACACGUACGGGGAGAACAGACUGAAAAGUGGAGUGAGAGUAGAAGAGGAGGCUUCUUCACUGGGCUGAGCAUGGAGAGAGAGAAGGUCAGCACCAUGAAGCUCUUCCUGACUCCGCUGAUGCCUUUCCUGCUCUUCGUAAUCCUUCCUGAUGGCACCUUGUCCAGCGAAUGUCCAAAAGGCUGCAGCUGUACCUCGCCAGAGUCCAUCCUAUGUUUCCAGAGACGCUCCUCCACAAUUCCUCGGGGAGUAUCGUCAUCUACGAAAAGCCUCUACCUCUUUGCCAACGGCAUCGAGGGCUUGAAAACUGAGGACUUUAACGGUAUGGAGAACCUGGAAAUGCUGGAUCUGAGUCAAAACAAACUGACUGAACUUCCAGAAAGGGUGUUUGAACCGUUGACAUCGUUGAGGAACCUGGACUUGUCAUCCAACCAGAUCACCCACAUUUCAGAGGAAUGUUUUCAUGGGAUGGCGCUUCUUGAGCGCCUUUAUUUGUAUAGUAAUUAUAUCGAGGCCAUACACCCUGCAGCUUUCAAUGGAUUGGAGAACCUGCUGGAACUCAAACUACAAGGCAACAGGUUGACAUCCUUACCGGCUCUUACUAUGCCCCGACUGCUCCUGCUGGACCUUCGUUUUAAUGUCUUACCAACCUUGGGUCCCUCUGACCUCCAGACCCCAAACCUGGAGUCAUUAAAACUAGGUGGUGUAGGACUAACUGACCUGAAUAAGGAGCUCAUAGGUAGCCUGCAGAACCUCCAUGAAUUGGACAUCUCAGGAAACCAACUUGAGUCCUUCCCUUCAGUUUUAAAGGAGACCCAUGGGCUGAUUCACCUCAGCCUGGCUGGGAACCCGAUGGGCCCUCUCAAGGUUCAAGAUCUGCAGAACCUUGCAGAGCUGCAAGAACUGGAUAUUAGCAGCCUGAGUCUACAAGGCCUCCCUGAAGAGUUCUCCCAGCUUUUCCCUUACCUCAGGAAGCUCACAAUCGCAGAGAAUCCUUUCAACUGCCUUUGCAAUGUAGCAUGGUUCCCAAGAUGGCUUAGAGCUCAGAGCAUCACCCUUGAGAGAACAGAAGAGACCCGCUGUCAUUUCCCACCGAUCAAUGCUGGAAAGGUGUUGGAAAGACUGGAGCAUCGGGACUUUGGAUGUCCAACUACCACAACGGUUCCCCCAAGUACUGUCAAAACAACCACUCCUCAGCCCGUUCCUGUCACUACAUUACCAAGUACUACGAGGGCUAUUCCUGUACCCAGUGACAGUCCCACAGAUGAUGGUAAGGACUACCUACUGCCUCCUGUUCCUGCAUCUCCCAGCAGCAGCAGCAAGGCUGACAUGGAUGAAGUGCUGCAUUUCUGCCCCCCUCACACCUGUCUGAAUGGGGGUACUUGUCGUUUGGACCAGCAUGGUCAGGUUGAAUGUACCUGCCCUCAUGGAACUUCAGGACUGUAUUGUGAAAUCCAAAUCCAUCAUCCCCAUUUACCACCUAAGCCUGAAGACCCAAAGGAAACUGCCACUGUAGAUGUACCAGACAUCAGCUCACACCAAGCAACCACAACCUCAGUCCUGAUUGACCUGCAUCGCUACAUUGAAUCAAGACCAUUUAUCCGUGGAAUCCGCCUUACCUACCGAAAUCUCUCCGGUCCUGAUCGCAGGCCGAUCCAACUUAGCCUGCCGGCAUCUUUCCCAGAGUACAGACUCAGAGGUCUGAAGCCCAACUCCACAUACAGCGUGUGUGCCAGUCCUUUAGGUGCUCCUCCUGGCACAGACAGCGUCUGUACUGAAGCUCAAACAGCUGCAGAAACUGUCAAGGGUCCUGAUGCACAGUUUGAUGACCAGAAGCUGACAACUAUGCUGGUUCCUGCAGUUGCAAUCUUGUCAUUGCUGGUGUUGAUUGCAAUAGCUGUAGGGGUGGUGUGCCAUCUUCGCAGAAAGAGGGCCAAAGGCCAUAUGGACCUUGACUGUGAGCCCUCUCACCUGGAGUUGGACGGAGUUAAAACCAGCAUAGACAAUGGCGUACUGCCUCAAAAACAGCCCCAAAUUUUGAUCCCUGAACCUGCUGUACAGAACGGCAAUCUGGAAUACGAGGUCUUGCUACUACAAGAUCACUGCACAUCAAAUAACAAUAUGUCACCGCACAAGCCUUCUUACUUUUGACACCUGGCCUAAAAGACAUUUUUUCUUCAGCUCUGACUGUUGUACUUUUUAAAUACAGAGAACUGAUGCUGCAGGAAAGGAGGAUACAGUACCAGCCUGAAAAAAAGUCAGUGGAUAAGAAACUUGACACUUAUUUAACUUAAGGCCCUCCAGUCGUCUAAGUGGACAUUAAACAAAGUUAAAACCAUGUGCUUUGACUUGAAGGAGCAUUGAAAGUGCCUCUUCUACAUUUACACUAUGCAUCCUGCAUUUGCUUAAUUACAGGGCUGGACUGGAAACCUCUCAGCUCCCAUGACAUGAUACUGGGAAUGAUAGAAUCAGCUGAAAGCUUGGGUAAAGGGACAUAGUGACCUAAAGCCCUCCUUUGUUUUGUUCAUAAGGAGUGUGCUCUGAUUUGAGGUUAUGCUGCCUUUCCCACAAGAGCCCAACUACCAGCAAAAGUGUUUUGCUGCAUGUUGUAAAUCUUCAGUGCUACCCUAAAGGGAUCAGUGCUUGCUGUGAAUGAUCAUUGAGACACCAGAUGAAGUUGUGCAGAGAGAAUAUUUGAUACUUGUAUUGCUUUAUUUGGCCCCAAAAUACUUGUGACUUUCUGUUUUGUAUGUAUGCUUUUUU